AUGGAGGGCACUCUAUCAGUGUGUACGGUCAGCGUACAAGGUGUUCUGUUUUGUAUUAAGUCAUUCUUUUCAUAUGCACUAUUUCAAGUGAAAACAGGUGGUUUACCUGUCUACAUUAGUAUCCUAACAGAUUCCCCCUUGCAGCUUCCGACUGGUGUCUUGAGACUUACAGUUCAGCUCCAGCACCGGAAUCGACCCAGUAG